AUGUGGUCGCCCCUGACUGUCACCCUCGUCCAGUCGACCAUUCUCAAUGCUGUUUCGAAUGUGUUGGCGCAGAUUAUUGAUCAGUGGAAGCUUAACAAACCCUUCAAACUAAACGUCGUCGCCCUGAUUCAGUUCGUCACCUAUGCCAUCAUCAUCGUCCCCAUCAACUUCUCCUGGCAGAGGUACAUUGAGGCCCGGUAUCCCGGGUUUCCAACGACAGCGGCGUGGAGGAGAUGGACCUCGUUUAACAACCGCCAUGUCGGUGCCUCUUCUUCAUCUCGGGUCGACGAUCAUGCGAUCGUGAUCCCGAUCUCUGCUGAUCACAAUCACAAUCACAACAACACGAAUACCAUCCCGAUGAUGAUCAAAGACAAACCCGCCAGCGCGGCAGCAGCGUCUCACAAAUGGCGCUCGGCACGAAACUCCCCUUCGUCUUCUUCUGGCAUGCGCAACUUCUUGAUGAAGUUCUUCCUCGACCAAACCGUUGGAUCGGUCAUGAACAUCAUCCUCUUCAUCGUGUUGAUCAAUCUGCUGAAGGGGGCGAGUUUGAGUGUAGUCUGGGAGGCGAUUGGGAAGGACUUCUACCCCAUCAUGAUCGCCCGCCUCAAGUACCGACCCGUCGUAUCGACGCUGAUGUACACCAUCGUCCCGGUGGACCGGCGAGUCGUUUUCGGGAGUGCUUGCGGCGUGAUCUGGGGGAUUUAUCUCAGUUUUACAUACCUCAAUGGAAUGAAUGUGGUUAUGAUCCUGCCACUAACUUAUUCUGCCACAGUGAACGUCUAUCUAGUUUGGAAUGCGCUCAUCCAAGUUCGCCCGAAUGCCGAUUCACCAGUCUUGUUUGCUGUCUAUCUUGUCUCAUCCUUGAUCAGUGCUUUCCACCACUGGAAGAGAGCACGACAAUUGGGCAGUCAAAAACCUGCAAGGAGACGCCAGUCUCUCUUGGGACUGGAUAUUGUCUUGCGACUGUUCAAGGCGUCCAAAAGACAGAAGCUGCCGGACGAGUUCGUCCGCAUCUACGAAGAUGACAUGCAUCACGCCACAACGUGGGAGCAGUCGGUCUUCGGCACUCGAAACUUGGUCACAGUCGAUCCGCAGAACAUCCAGGCCAUUCUCGCCAAGCAGUUCCAUGACUUUGGCCUCGGUCCCACGCGACGAGGCAACUUAGGCGUCAUGCUCGGGGACGGUAUCUUCACAGCCGAUGGGAAGCCCUGGGAGCAUUCCCGGGCGUUACUCCGACCCCAAUUCGCGCGAGACCGCGUCGCAGACCUGCACAUUGAGGAAGAACAUGCCCAAAACAUGUUCCACCAUCUCCCCGUCGACGCCGACGGCUGGACAUCCCCGAUCGAUCUCAGUCCGCUCUUCUUCCGCUUCACCAUCGACUCCUCCUUCGAGUUUCUCUUUGGCGAAAGCGUUCACUCGCAGAACGCCGCUUUGCCAGACGAUUCGCCCGCCAAGCGGCACGUCGAGACACGAGCGGGCAUCGACCCUGCCUACGUCGCUCAGUGCUUCGACGGCGCUACCUACACGUUAGGCCAGCGGAUCGCCAUGGGCGAGUUGUACUGGCUGUUUUCGCCAAAGUCCCUCCGCCAGCAGGUCAAGGUGGUCGAGGAGUUUGCCGAUUACUACGUCAAGCGCAUCUUGCAAGCCAAGGACAGCGGCGAUCUGUUGUCCGCUACGGGGAACGACGGCAAGAAGUAUGUCUUUUUGCGGGAACUCGCGAAGAGCACCACGGACCCAAUCGAGCUGCGGUCGUCGCUGCUCCAUCUGCUCCUUGCCGGGCGCGACACGACGGCCGGUCUGUUGGGGUAUGUCUGGUGGAACCUGGCGCGGCAUCCAGAAGUGUUCCGCAAGCUUCGCGCCACGAUUAUCGAGCAUUUUGGGACGUACGACAAUCCUAGAGAGAUCACGUUCGCCGAGCUGAAGAGCUGUGCCUACCUGCAGGCCGUCCUGUCGGAGACACUGCGCCUGUACCCGAGUGUGCCUGUCAACUCGCGCCGCGCUCUGCGGGACACGACCCUUCCGCGGGGAGGCGGACCGGACGGGACGGCACCUGUGUACGUGAAGAAAGGGACGGAAGUCAACUACCAGGUGUACGUGAUGCACCGACGAAAGGACCUGUGGGGAGCCGACGCAGCAGAGUGGAAGCCCGAACGAUGGGAGGGCAGACGACCCGGCUGGGAGUAUCUCCCCUUCAACGGGGGGCCGCGUAUUUGCCUGAAACAGCAGUUCGCUCUGACGCAGGCUGGAUACGUGACGACGCGGAUGUUGCAGCGGUUCGAUCGGCUGGUCAGUCUGGAUGGUAAUUCGGCUGGGGACGGACCGUUGCACAGCGUGGGCUUGACGGCUGCGCCGGCGCAGGUGCUUGUGAAGCUGCAUGAGCAGGGGCGAGAAAACUAA